ACCUCGCAGCGAACGCAACGCGCAUCGUAACGAAAAUAAUUUCAUUGUGACUGCGCUACCGACGAGUAAAAAAUCAUCAUCAAUUUAAAAACCAAAUUAAAAAUUGUGCACUGUUUGAGCUAACUUAGAAAACACACACACGAAAAAUACCACAAAAAUGUAUAAAAUGAAAGUGUAAUUUGGAAACGCCGUCGAAAAUCGUCGAGCGCGUGCAUAUAUACGGGUUCCGUUGGUUGGUUUUUUUUUUCUGCUGCCUGUGCUACCACUUUACCUUUACGUUUACCUUAACGCAGCAGCAGCAGCAAGCAGCAAUACACUCAUUUUGUUCGUGUUAAUAACUUUUUUGUGCGUCUUUGCUUUGUGGUCGCCAUUCAUUUCAUAUAGUAUUAUUUUUCUCUUGGAUUUUUCUUCAUUCGGCCGCAACAACUACAACAACAAAAACAACAGUAGGAGCAGUAGCAGCAGCAGUAGCAGAGAAACAGCAACAAGCAGACAACAUGGAUGAAAGAGCGAGCGCGAAGAUCAUCAUAUACUUACCGUAAUCGUAUCGUGAAUGAAUAUUUUGUCUAUGUGUGAGAGGCGUGCUCUACGUGUGCGUAUGCGUAUGCGUGUGUGUGUAUGUGUGUGGGAGACCGACCCCCCAAAGCAUUUAAUAAAUAAUCGUGUGUGCAAAUAAAUGUUCCAAAAAAAUAAAAGAAAUUGGCCAAAACGUAGCAAAAGAAAAGUGUGAAAAUUUAUACCCGACUUGGAUCAAUCGACAAUCGCCAUUAAGUGCACAAUCGUGAGGAAAAGCUCUCUCACCUUCGGUCAAUCUCUCUCUAUCUCUCUGUCUCUCGGGAGUGUGUUCGUUCUCGUUCUUCCCGUGAGUGCGCCGUGUGUUCCGUGUGCGCGUCCCGUUCUGUCCCCGUAAUCCCUGCGUGGAGCUUGGAGCGGCCUACCUUAACCUCGUCUUUGUUGGAUACGGAUCAGCAGUUUCCAUCGGGAUCAGGAUCUUUUGCAUAAGUUGAAACGCUGCCUGGCCAGGAUGCGGCUCUAAAGGAGAAGACAAAGAAGAAGAAGAAGGAGACAAUUCCCUCCCCCCCAUACAAAAAGUAGAAACCAAAACGAUGUCCAAGCAAGUGUUCUCGGCACAUCCAGCGCUGGCCGUGGAGCAGCUGCAGCAGGCCGAGCAGGAGGAGAUCAGCAGCUGUAAUCCUCACCAGCAGCAACAGCAGCAGCAGCGAUCAUCAUCCACAGCGCCGCAGAGCAGGCGGCAUGGCAAGGCCACACCCAAAAAGUACACCAUAAGCAGAAGCUGUGCAGCAGGCGGCAGUGCCCCAAGCACCACUGUCCAUCAGCCCACAGCAGCAACAACAACAACGAUACCCGCCAUCAGUAGUCCGCCGGAAGCGAUCAGCAGGAAGACGCUGCCCGUGCGAACAAAUUAUGCGGCCGUCGAUGAUGACGAUGACAUCGAGUGCGAGGACGUGGAUGAGGUGAACUUUGGGCAGAAGCGCGAUGAGACGGAGACGGAGACUAGACAACACAACACCAAAGACUGUGGCACGGAUGAGACGGAUCAUGUCCAGCAGCGGCACAAGCGGCAUCCACACAGCAGCACCACCAGCAGCAGCAAGCACCAUCCACAGCUGGAAGAUGACGUUGGAGGUAGAGCAGCAGCAGCGGCAGCGGAUGAGAGCGAUUUGAGUAGCGUCAUUAGCUCACCGUCGGUCAGUACGGUAUCCUCGCCCCUGUCGACGCCCACACGGCUGCCACAGCCACUGCAGCAGCUCCAUUGCUGUCAAAAGGUGGCAGGCUCGGGGGCAUGCAUAGCCGCGGGAGGAGCCACGGCUGCUGGGGAGUAUCGAGCGCGAACGCAACAACAGGGACAGCACUCACACCGUCACCAGCACAGUCAGCAUCACCAUCACCACCAUCAUCAUCAUGCCAACGCAGCGGGUUGUCCAGCAGCAGCAGGAGCAGGAGGAGGUGGUGCUGCAGCUGCGGCCAGUGGUGCAGCUAGUGGUGGAUCCUGCAACAAGAACAAAAAGCUCGAUCCACGGCUGAGUCCAUCGCCCUAUCGCCAGCUAUUGCCCAUUGCACUGUGCCUGCUCUCGUUUGCGACAGUCUUUGCCACAUUGAUUGUUUAUAUGGACACGACAGAGAUCCGCCAUCAGCAGUUCCGCCUGAGCAUGUCGCGCGACUACGAGCUGAAUGGCGUUGCGCAAGACGAUCCCAAACUCAUUGCAUUCCUGCGCCAUUUUGAAAUGGGCAAAUAUAUGGGCAAGCCCUCGGUCAAAGCGGCGACGGCGGCGGCGGCUUCACAGCCCAACGCGGGACUGGGCGUUGGAGUACCAGCAGCAUCGGCAGCAGCUGGAGCUGGAGGAUCCCUCAGUUCCUUUGGCAACAGCAGCGGCAGCACAGCCGAUCAGUUGGCCCACUAUGUGGCCGAUCUGUUGGGCGGCAAGAUGGACGGUGCUGUGAUUCAGUCGCUGAGCGGUCCGCUGGCCCAUCUGAUCACAGCGCCCUGGCUGAGCGAGCAUCUCAAUUGGAUGGGAGUGCUGGUGGAGCCGGAGCCUCGCUGGUAUUUCAUGUUGCGCAAACAGAAUGCGCAACGGGCGCGCAUGCAGGUGGUGCAGGCCUGCGUCUCACCCAAUACCUAUCCCAAAGAGAUUACCAUACACAACGAGGAUGUGCGCAUCAAUAGUCUGCACGACGAGGAGACCUCGUGGUUCAAUUCGCGUGUCAAAUGCUUUCCGCUCUACACAAUCAUGCUGGCAUGUGAGCGCACCGAAUACGAUUUGCUCAGUCUGGGCGUGCAGGGGCAUGAGCUGGAGAUCUUGCAGACGCUGCCCUUUGACAAGGUGAAAAUCCAAGUGAUAUCGAUACACCUGAUGGAGGAUCACGAGGAUGUGCACGACUAUGUGCUGGACAUAACCAGAUUCCUGGCGAGCAAAUCCUACAAGCUGCAGCGCCGAAUGGGACGCAAUUACUUCUAUCAGCGUCUGAAUGUCGGUGCGACGCGUACGCGCAAGAAAGACAUCCUGCUGCUGAAGACGCCCUAGACGCCCGCCCGCCCGCCCAACCAAACAACGAACACAUCGAACGAUCAACCAUCGAUCGAUCGAUCGAUCGAUCAGCAUCAACAUCAACCCACGAACAACAACGACUUAGGGGCCUGAAUUGUUAGAGAAAUCACUGAUUGAUUAAAAGAGAAGUCUCUCUCGGCUAAACUUUAUGUUCUAAUGAUAAUUAUUACUAUUACCCCAUACGCUACACAAUAUAUAUAUACAGAUAUAUACAUGUUGAAUAUGAUUAUGUACACGCUAAAAACAUAUAUAUAUAUAAACUGUAUACCGAUUAUGAUAUGUAGGAUUCUUAGUUUUUGUAAAACUCAAAUCUCUCUCUCUCUUUAUUCUUUCCCCAAUUUCCUUUAUGUUAUUAUUUCAUUUAUUAUUU